AAAAAAAAGCAGAUGAGAGACUUGGAAAGGGUUAAAUCCUCCCUCCAACCCCCCCCCCCCCUUCAGGCUUGCACAGGUGUACGGCUCCUCCCCUUCAGUCUUGCACAGGUGUACCUGCUCCUCCCCUUCAGUCUUGCACAGGUGUACCGGCUCCUCCCCUCCAGUUUUGCACAGGUGUACCGGCUCCUCCCCUUCAGUCUUGCACAGGUGUACCGGCUCCUCCCCUCCAGUAUUGCACAGAUGUAUCGGCUCCUCCCCUUCAGUCUACCACAGGUGUACCGGCUCCUCCCCUCCAGUCUUGCACAGGUGUACCGACUCCUCCCCUCCAGUCUUGCACAGGUGUACCGGCUCCUCCCCUUCAGUCUACCACAGGUGUACCGGCUCCUCCCCUCCAGUCUUGCACAGGUGUACCGGCUCCUCCCCUUCAGUCUACCACAGGUGUACCGGCUCCUCCCCUCCAGUCUUGCACAGGUGUACCGACUCCUCCCCUCCAGUCUUGCACAGGUGUACCGGCUCCUCCCCUUCAGUCUAGCACAGGUGUACCAGCUCCUCCCCUCC